AUGGAUCGCUUAAAGGAGUCUGUAGCGUGUAGAAGAUUAUCGCUGGUUCUCCUCAUCAUUCUGCACACGACUACUAUACACGGGGCCAAACUGAUCGAUGUCCUGCGGGUUUUGGAGCUGUCCGAUAACAUGGAAGGUGUAUCGAUGGAGGCCGGUCUGUGCGCCCAACGGAAAGACACGGAGGAGACGGACAUGGCCUAUAGCAUAGAUAAGAAGAUUCAACUCAGUGCACCAACCAAACAACUCUUCCCAGACUCUGCUUUCCCUGAGGACUUCUCUCUGAUGACGACGGUGAGGGCAAAAAAAGGCACGCAGUUCUUCCUGCUGUCCGUAUACGAUGAACAAGGCGUGCAGCAGCUGGGCCUGGAGAUGGGUCGAUCACCCGUCUUCCUCUAUGAAGAUCACAAAGGUCAGCCCACUCCUGACCUUUACCCCAUCUUUAAGAAGAUCAACCUGGCCGAUGGAAAAUGGCACAGGAUAGCGUACGCCGUGAAGGGAAAGUCUGUCACCCUCUACCUGGACUGUCAGAAGGUGCAAACUCUGGAGCUGAUGCGCGGGGACAACCCGAUGGUCAGCACAGAGGGCGUCACCGUGUUUGGAACUCGGCUGCUCGAUGAGGAGGUGUUUGAGGGAGAUAUCCAGCAGUUGCUGAUAGUGGAGGACCCCCAGGCUGCAGCUGAUUACUGCUCACGCUACAUCCCAGACUGUGACUCUCCUCUGCCCUACAGCAGCAUGGCUCAGGACCCUGCGGAGGCCCCGCCCCCGAACCUCGACACCAUGAUGCAAGGCGAUGAGCCGCAGGAGCCAAAGAAAAACAAAAAAGAUCGAAAGGGCAAAAAGAACAAAAAGAAGAGAGGUAGAUCUAAAAAAGGCGGGAAAAGAGAGUCACGGAAGAAGAGGAAAGAGUCUGAGACUGUUGAGGAAGGUUUCCUAGGAGUAUCCACCAAACUGCCUGAAUAUUUGUCCAUCGAGCCCAUGCGCACGGUUGUGCCGCCUACGGCUGAACGAUCGACGACACGGGUGGCGAGCCCGACCGCAAUCGUUACCACAGAUCCCAUGGAUUUCAUUCCUGAGAUGCCCACGCAUGAACCUGACACCCUUCUGGAAGGCCCCGCCCCAGUGCCCACUCCAACGCCUGCCUUAUUGCCCGAGUUGACAGUGACUAAGGUCGAGGUCGAUGACAAAGUGGAGGAAAGGCCAGUUAAAAAGCCAGAGGUCGAGGAAAUUGAGGAGGGCUUCUACAGCGACCUGCGCGAUGACGUUUCCGUCUCUACUGUCACGGUUGGCUCCAAUAUUACUGACUAUGAGAUAUUAGAGUAUGACGACUACAGGAAUGAGUCCCUCGAGCAGGAGUAUGAAGAAUAUGAAAUUUAUGAAGACCGCUUUGGUCCGGCCGAGAGAGAAGGGGAGGCAACCUGGAAUGACAGACUCAACAGAGCAGAGAAAGGACAGAAGGGGGAGCCUGCUAUCAUUGAACCGGGAGCACUCAAGGAGGGGCCUGCUGGCCCACCAGGACCUCCGGGUCUUCCAGGUAUCCCCGGCCCUUCCGGCCCCGCCGGGCCCAGAGGUGAUCCUGGCGACAUGGGUCCUGAAGGACGUCCAGGCCUUCCAGGGGCUGACGGCAUUCCAGGACCUCCGGGCACCCUGCUUAUGUUACCGUUUCAGCAUGGUGGAGAUUCUCAGAAAGGCCCUGUGGUGUCUGCUCAGGAGGCUCAAGCCCAGGCCAUUCUACAGCAAGCUAAACUGUCACUAAAGGGCCCCCCAGGGCCUCUGGGUCUUACAGGGCGACCUGGACCAGUGGGUCUCCCUGGCCCCACUGGACUUAAAGGAGAUAGUGGGGACACUGGACCUCCGGGUCCACGUGGAUUACCUGGACCUCAAGGUCUAGCUGGAAAAGUUGGGAAGAGGGGUCGAGCAGGGUCAGACGGAGGUCGUGGAGCUCCAGGAGAAACAGGGCCAAAGGGUGACAGAGGCUUUGAUGGCCUACCAGGCCUCCCAGGAAAUAAAGGACACAAAGGGGAGAGAGGAAAGCCUGGUUCUCUAGGUCCUGUCGGAGAGCCGGGAGAAAAAGGUUCAGAUGGUCCAGUAGGACCAAUGGGACAACCAGGCGAACCUGGGCUCAGGGGACUUGUGGGACCCAGAGGGCCACCUGGACCACCGGGACAGCAAGGUGUUCAAGGCAUGGAUGGAAUUCAAGGAGCAAAAGGCAAUCAGGGACCCGCUGGUGAGCCAGGACCUCCUGGACAGCAAGGAAAUCCUGGAGUACAGGGUUUCCCCGGUCCGCAGGGCCCCAUCGGCUUGCCUGGAGAGAAGGGACCUCAAGGGAAGUCUGGGAUGCAGGGUGUCCCUGGGAUUGAUGGCCCACCCGGUCACCCAGGAAGAGAAGGCCCUCCAGGGGAGAAGGGACUCCAGGGUUUACCGGGGGCACAGGGUCCCGUUGGAUAUCCAGGAACUCGCGGCGUAAAGGGUGCAGAUGGCGUGAGGGGGUUGAAGGGGAGUAAAGGAGAAAAAGGUGAAGACGGGUUCCCAGGUGCCAAAGGUGAGAUGGGCAUCAAAGGAGACAGAGGUGACAAUGGAGUCCCUGGAGUCCGUGGUGAGGAUGGACCAGAAGGACCCAAGGGUCAAGCAGGGCCCAUGGGAGAACCCGGUGCUCUUGGCAUUGCAGGAGAAAAGGGUAAACUUGGUGUUCCAGGGUUGCCUGGUUAUCCAGGAAGACAAGGACCUAAGGGAUCAGUGGGAUUUCCUGGAGCAGUAGGAGUGGCAGGAGAGAAAGGGAGGAGGGGUCCUGCUGGUCAACCAGGGACUGGAGGUCAGAGAGGUGCUGAUGGUACACGUGGAGAAAGAGGAGCAAGGGGACCCACAGGAAAGCCUGGAGAAAAGGGCUCCGCAGGCCACGAUGGUCCUCCUGGUCCCGGUGGAGAAAAGGGGCCCACAGGGCCGCAGGGACAAAAUGGGUUCCCGGGGCCCAAGGGACCAAAUGGCCCUGCAGGAAAAGAUGGGUUGCCUGGGCACCCAGGCCAACGAGGAGAGCCGGGAUUUCAAGGAAAGACAGGCCCCCCUGGGCCUCCUGGAGUGGUUGGACCUCAGGGUAAAACUGGAGAGACUGGGCCCAUGGGUGAUAGAGGACACCCAGGAUCACCAGGACCUCCUGGAGAGCAAGGUUUGCCAGGAGCUGCAGGCAAAGAGGGCGCCAAGGGAGAUCCGGGCCCUGCAGGGGCACCUGGAAAGAGUGGUCCUGCUGGGCGCCGUGGAUUCAGAGGUAGCAGGGGCAUUCCGGGCGCUAUGGGCACUGCCGGUCUGAAAGGAGCUGAAGGACCACCUGGUAUUGCAGGAUCGGCUGGAGCUGGUGGAGAAAGGGGACCUGCUGGCCCAGUUGGUGGUAUUGGUGAACCUGGUCGUGCUGGAACCGUUGGUCCUGCUGGGCCAAUGGGAGAAAAGGGGGAACCAGGAGAGAAAGGGCCCUCUGGUAUCGCUGGGAAAGAUGGGGAGCAAGGCCCAGUGGGAUUACCCGGGCCUCCUGGACCAGCUGGUCCUCCUGGAGAGGAUGGAGAUAAGGGAGAGUUUGGCUUACCAGGGCAAAAAGGCAGCAAAGGGGACAAAGGAGAGGAGGGUCCCCCAGGACCAUCAGGACUACAAGGACCUGUAGGACCACCAGGUUUACCGGGUGCUGAUGGGGAACCAGGGCCCCGCGGUCAGCAGGGAAUGUAUGGUCUGAAGGGAGAUGAAGGGUCCAGGGGAUAUAAAGGGGGUACUGGCCCAACUGGUCUGCAGGGCAUGCCAGGACCCUCUGGAGAGAAGGGAGAGAGCGGACAUGUCGGACCAAUGGGCCCUCCAGGGCAGCAUGGCCCCAGAGGCCCCCAGGGAGCCAUCGGCGGAGAGGGCCCUCCGGGAAUGCCUGGAGGAGUUGGCCAGCCUGGACUUGUGGGAGAGAAGGGUGAUGAUGGAGAAGCAGGAAAUCCAGGAAAUGUUGGUGAAACAGGCCCUCCUGGAGGUAAGGGAGAAGUAGGUGAGAAGGGUGACACAGGACCUCCCGGGGCAGCAGGUCCCCCAGGAAUCAGAGGCCAACCAGGAGAGGACGGACCCAAAGGAAAUCCAGGCCCCAUUGGUUUCCCUGGAGAUCCUGGACCCACCGGAGAAUCAGGCGCUAAUGGUAUUGAUGGAGGACCGGGAGCCAAAGGAGAUAAUGGAGAUCCUGGCAAAGCAGGACCACCAGGAGCAUCAGGGGAACCUGGCCCUCCAGGACCUCCAGGGCGAAGGGGUCAUGUAGGUCCUGCUGGAAAAGAAGGGAAACAGGGGAAGAAAGGUGCAAAGGGGACCCCUGGAGGUGAGGGUCAACCUGGAAAGACAGGACCUGUUGGACCUCAGGGACAACCUGGAAAUCCUGGUCCUGAGGGACUGCGAGGGAUUCCAGGCCCUGCUGGAGAGCACGGUCUAAACGGGCCACCAGGGCAAACUGGACCACCUGGACCCAUGGGUCCCCCAGGAUUACCAGGACUGAAAGGAGACCCUGGGCAGAAGGGUGAAAAGGGUCAUGGUGGUCUCAUUGGACUGAUUGGGCCUCCUGGAGACAUGGGAGAAAAGGGAGACAGAGGUCUACCAGGGAAUGAGGGAGUACUAGGACCAAAAGGAGAUGCUGGUACUGUUGGUCCAUCUGGUCCAACUGGCCCUCCUGGACCCCCUGGGCUAUCUGGUGCAGUGGGCGAGAAAGGAUCUAAGGGAGACAUAGGUCCGAUAGGCCAGGCAGGAGAUCCAGGACACGCUGGCCCACCUGGUCCUCCUGGCCCACCUGCUACAAUGAUUCAGCCCCUGCCUGUCCGCGAGGGUCGUAAGAAGAGGAGGAGGCACUCGGAGCGGGCAAAAGCAGGUGCGAGAGCGGUGACAGAGGAGGACGAGGUGGAGGACUUGAUGGAGCUGAACAUGGAGGAUUUCCUACAGGCAGAUCAGAUACUGGAGUACAGCGAGGGCAUGGAAGAGGUGUUCGCUUCGCUCAAUUCAAUGAAAUUGGAGGUGGAGCUUAUGCGGAAGCCCCUGGGCACAUUCGAGAGCCCCGCACGCACCUGCAAAGAGCUGAUGAUGUGUCACCCUGAGUAUAAAGACGGUGACUAUUGGAUUGAUCCAAAUCAGGGUUGUCACAAAGACUCCAUCAAAGUGUUCUGCAACUUCACAGCAGAGGGCGAGACCUGUCUGCGCCCUGACACGCGGAUCGAAACGGUGAGGCUGGCUGCUUGGAACAGAGAGACGCCAGGCACUUGGUUCAGCAAGUACAGGAGAGGCAAACAGUUCUCUUACAUCGAUGUGGAUGGGAACCCGGUCCACGUGGUCCAGCUGACCUUCCUGAAGCUCCUUAGCGCCACAGCCAAACAGACCUUCACCUACACCUGCCAGAACUCCGCGGGCUGGUACGACGCAACCUCUAGGAGCUACCGUCACGCCCUGCGUUUCCGUGGCAGCAACGACGAGGAAAUGACCCAAUCCACGACGCCUUUUAUCAAGGUGGUUCACGACGGGUGCCAGUCUCGCAAGGGUCAGGAGCGAACGGUCCUGGAGAUCGACUCCCCGAGGUCAGAGUUACUCCCCAUCAUGGACAUUGCCUCCUCAGACUUUGGAAAUAACAGCCAAAAAUUCGGAUUCCAAAUUGGACCCGUGUGCUUCAAUGGCUGA